AUGUGGUUGUUUACAGGCUGGGCUGCCCUAAGUCAGGUGGCCGUAUUGGCCGCAGCAGCUUCAUCCCACGUUGUCAAAGACCCCUAUCUCGCUACUCAGUGGAAUGCCUGCCCGUCGCCGUGUGACAGCGCUGCAUCCACUGGCUGGGACUACUACCACGGCUUGAAGAUUCUCAAAUCUUGCGAAGAGCCAAUGCUUCUGAGUCUAGCCGUCAGCAAUCCCAUUGCCAAUUCUGAUAUGCGGCCAGAUUUGUACGCGUGCUCCUUACCCCGUGGUAAGAGUUUCACAAGUGGAGGUUCUAGUGCACCCAAGUCUACCAAGUACUCGGCGAAGGUGGUUGAGGUAGAGAUCGCGUCGAGUGGUACGCAGGCAAAGGGUUAUGCUCCUCAUGUUGAAGACGCUGCGCGACUGGUGCAGGCACAGUUCGAUCAGCCGGAGGGACAGAACGGAACAAUCGCCUUUGCGUACUCGAAUGGUGUUGUUCUAGGCGCAUACAUUGGGUCCGAGAUGGACAAGAGCAAGGGGAAUAACAUCCUGGGGACCUUCAUAGACAAGCUGCGUCAUGGGGAACUGACCACGUCGGGGUCCAUGAUGCAAGUGUGCAACAACCAGUCCGCAGAUCACAUCCUUGGUAUUGUUUCCGAGGCGAGUACUUCCCCUACCGAAGCUCUGGCCGCUGUCCAGGACGUGUUGUCAACAUGGAACCGGGGAGAUUGUGUGAAGGGAUAUGAUAACACCCGAAAGAUGUCUGCUUCAGUGGGAGAGGCCAUUGUACCGAGUAGCCGACACAGCUCCCAUGCUAGGGCCCACGUCAAGCGGCCGUCUACGCGGGCUGAAGCGGGUGCAGAAUGCAGGACCAUUAAAACCAACCGUGGCGAAGGUUGUCCCGAGCUAGCAAAACGCUGUGGCAUUUCGCCUGCCGACUUUACCAAGUACAACUCGGACAAGAGCCUCUGCUCCUCGUUGCAGGCCGGUCAGCAUGUGUGCUGCUCCUCUGGCUCGCUCCCAGAUUUCUCUCCAAAGCCAAAUGCGGACGGUACCUGUGCAGCACACACGGUUGAAGCCCAUGACGAGUGCAAGGUGCUCGCCGCUAGCAACGGUAUCACGGUGGACGAUAUCAACCAUUGGAAUGCAAAGACCUGGGGCUGGCAAGGUUGUGAUAAUCUCGUCAUCAAUGGGAAAAUAUGCAUGAGCGAAGGAGACCCUCCGAUGCCUGCCGUGGUCAAGAACGCAGUCUGUGGGCCACAAAAGGCCGGCACAAAGAGACCGGACAACUGGGAUGACAUUUCCAGUCUGAAUCCUUGCCCGCUCAAUGCGUGCUGCGAUAUCUGGGGCCAAUGUGGCGUCACACUUGAGUUUUGCUCAGUAUCAAACUCCACCACCGGCGCACCAGGGACAGCAAAAAACGGCACGAAUGGGUGCAUUUCGAACUGUGGGGUGCAUGUACCGCUGAAUAGUGAUGCGCCCAUUGAACCCGCUGUUAUGACAUACUACGAAGCAUUCAACAAUCAACGCCCAUGCUUGACAUUGGCUCCCCAAGCCAUUGAAUAUGAGAGAAAGUACGGCGGGGGUGCCCCUAAUGAGCUCCAGCUCGAUGUUGUAUGGAGCUACAUCCACUUUGCCUUCGCCAACAUCACAGAGGACUUCAAGGUGGACGUGUCGACCGUGAAACACGAAUUCGAGGAGUUUAAAAAGUUGCAGCCGCCUCCUGCAUAUAAGGGAGGACCCAGUAUGAAGGUCCUCUCAUUCGGUGGUUGGUCCUUUUCGACCGACUUGGAUUCGUACGCGAUAUUCCGCAAGGGAGUGACGGAUGCCCAGCGAUCCCUCUUUGCCACCAACGUUGUCGACUUUGCCAAUGAGAACAACUUGGAUGGGUUGGACUUUGACUGGGAAUACCCCGGGGCACCCGACAUUCCAGGGAUCCCUGCAGGCGACCCCGGCGAUGGCAAGAGAUAUCUCCAGUUCUUGAGGGAGGUCCGUGACAAGCUUCCUGAAAAGAAGUCCCUUUCCGUCGCUGUUCCUGCGUCAUACUGGUACCUGAAAGGGUUCCCGAUUAAGGAGAUAUCCGACGUUGUGACAUAUAUCGUGUUUAUGACAUAUGAUCUCCAUGGGCAGUGGGACUGGAACAACCCCAAUGCAGCAGAUGGAUGUGACGGCGGUGGGUGUCUACGGUCUCAUGUCAAUAACACGGAGACUACAAUUGCCCUUUCUAUGAUAACCAAGGCAGGUGUGCCUAAUAACAAGAUAUUUGCCGGUGUUGCCAGCUACGGCCGCUCGUUUAAAAUGGAGGACCCGUCCUGCGAUGGCCCGGAGUGCAAGUUUACAGGCCCUGAAUCCGGAGCCAAACCAGGAGACUGUACCCAAACGGCCGGCUACAUUGCAGAAGCAGAGAUUAAGGACUGGCUGAAAAACAGCGGGGACAACAUUACUACCUACUUCGAUGAAGACAGCCGCUCCUAUAUCUCUUUCUCCCAGGAAGGUAACUGGGUGGCGUAUCUUGACCAGGAGGAGAGAAACCAACGCCUCUGGAGCUGGUGGUAUGACGGACACUUCGCUGGUACAGUGCUCUGGGCAGUCGAUCUGACAGAGUUCGUCUCUCAGAAUCCAGACGGUACUCGCAUCGACCCGCCGAAAGCGAUUAACUGCACCCGGAGCUUUGACAACUUGGACGACCUGGAGUCUGCCACAGGUAUUGAUGACUAUUGCAUGAACAUAUACCUCCUGCAGGCCUUGUCUGGAAACCUCACAGCAACACUGGACGUCUACCAGGACGAGCUGGACAACAACUACGACGAAAAGUUUGGCUGGUACGAGGAGGCAAUCAGAAAGUCGGCUCCCCUUUCCCUGUCACACUUUUCGAGGGCGAAUGCCUCCAACUACUUCGACUGUAUUAUCGACCAGGACGGGACGAACCAUACUGACCUGGGCUGCUUCUCGACUACGGGGGCAUACGGGUCUGUGUACUGGAUUGCACGCGACAAGCCCCAGUUCGAGAAGGAUCUGUUUACAGUCACUGGGAUCUCAGCAGAUUGGCUCACGUAUGAGCCCUACCGCGAGGAGGAGCAUAGCCCUAGCACUGGGAGCUACUGGCAUGUCGGUUAUUCUGGAGUGCCCCAUUUGAAGGAUGAUUUCAAAAUCAACAACCCCAAGGACGUGGUUUCCAAACGGCUCUCAAGUAUUACCGAUUUCCACACCAAUUUCGACUUCACUGCCUUCCUCGCCAAUGAGACCAUGUACAUGGGCGACAUGAGCGACGCCGUGGACGGCGCGUCGUUGGCAGUGCUCAUGAUAUCCGCGUCCGUCACUAGCAUGUCGCAGGUUGCAGACGCCGGGCAAGACUAUGAGGAUGAGAAGAUCAAAAACAUCAUUCUUCUCUUCCUCACCGGUGUUCUCUUCCUGAUUCCUGGUCUCGAGGAAGGCGCCGCGGCUCUGGAGCUCGCGGAAAUUGCCAACAUUCUUAGACUGGUUGGGACGGCUGGUGAUGUCGCAAUGGGUGCAUACGAUGUUGUCCAGGCAAAGGACAAUGCGCCUGCAGCUGUAUUCGGAGCGUUACUCGGUGGACUUGGUGCGCUGAAUAUGGUGAAAGCCCCUGAGAGCUUCGGCAUUGCGGCCAAGGCAAGAAGGGGGAUGCCUUCUGCACAAGUCGAAGCGUUGGGACCAGAGGUUAAAGGAGGGUUUGCUCAGAUUGAUAAGCUGGUCAAGGCGUGCUUUUAA